CAAGUUCGGUUGUAUAAAUUAUCAUAGAAAACAAAUAAUUUUUCUGAAAAAAAAACUAAGUUAUUGAACGCAAGAUGGAUGUUCUAUCAAAGCCAGCUAUACGUAUUCACCCUACGGCUCCAAUAGUUGAGGUUAACGAUCCAGAUGAUAUCCAAAAUCAAAUCAAUUCGAGCCUUUACGAUGAGAAAGAGUGCAAUUUACUAUUCGAGGAAAUAGAAAUUAUGCGUAAGGAUUACGACAACUGGGAGACAAUUUUUAAGGACAUCUAUUCCAAAGUGAAGCCUGAGAUUAUUUUAUGGGAAAAGGCUUAUAAGGACGUAUGCGAAAUGCUAGAAAAAAACAAUACCCAGGAGAAUUUCACUGGAAGCGAAUGUGGCCCUUAUGUUAGAAUUGUGCACCAGUACAAACAGUCUCGUUUUCUUAAAAAAGAAAGCGAGGAGGAACUCCCCCUUUUCACAUUGCCCAAGGCUUUGGCUUUAAUUCAGCAGAAAAUAAUUUCCCUUAAGACGUCAAUGAUAAAUGUCCAAAUUGAUGAACAGUAUGUAAGCCUUCAGCGGGAUAAAAUCAACUGCAUAGAAAAGUGCCUUAAGAAUAGGGAAAGAUAUCUUACACAUAAAAGAAUUGCUGAAGAGAAAUUGGCAAGUUCGACUGAUAAUUUGGAAAAGGAAUCUCAAGAGUCUUCGGAGGGUCAGCAGGAUUGCAAUGAAAAAUUCAAGGAAGUUAUGUCAUUGGUGGAAAAAGACGCCUCGCUACUAAGCGAAAUAAGAAAUGACAUUUCUCUUCUUUUCAAUGAGCUACCUUCUUUUCAAUCUGAAGAUGAACCGGAUUCAGGAGUUAAUUUAGUUAGAAAAGAAAUCGAUGAACUUCUCUUGAAUUGGGGUAAAGAAAAAGAACAAAAAAAAACACUUGAAAUCGAAUUGGCUGAAGAUCAAGAUAAUCUCAUAAGUUGUAAAGAAUUCGAAUCUACUGAAACCACGUGUGCUUCACAGAUAGGAAAAGAAGAUCACAAUUUUGUAAGAAAUCAUAGGGAUGAAAUAAACUGCAUUGAAAAGUGCAUAAAGAAGAAGGAAAUAUUGCUCGCUCAGAAUAAGAUUGCUGUGGAAAAACUUAAAAAAAUAAGUGCCCAUUUGGCAAGAGAAUCGCAUAGGUUUUCGGAAGAUCUGCAGAUAUCUGACGGAGAAUUCAACGAGUUUAUGUUAGGAGUGGAACAGGACAAUAAUUCUCUAAGCCACAUUACAGAGGAUAUUGUACUUCUAUUCAAUGAGCUUUCGACUCUUCACUCAAAAUUUGGAACGAAUUCAGGUAUUAAUAGCGUUAAAAAAGAAAUUGAUGAGCUUCUUUUGGAAUUGGGAAAGGAAAAAAACCAAGCCAAGCCGACUGAUUUGUUUAAAAAUGAUUUAAUAGUCUCAAAUGGAAUCCAUCCUAAUGAAAACAAUUCAUGUGCCAUCGAUUCAACAGGAAAUUUAACUAAAAACAAUUGGAAUAAAGAUGAAACUAAUUCGACUGAAGGUAACAUCAUUGAAUUUGAAUCUUUAAAAGACACAUUUACUUCACAUUUAGGCAAAAAAGAUCACAAGAAUGUCAAUUCUGGCUCUGAGAAAAUGAACUUAAUAAAAAGGUGCAUACAAAAAAAGAAGUAUUUCUGGCUCAAAACAAAAUUGCUGUAGAAAAACUAAAAUAUAUAAGCAGACAUUUUUCACAGGAGCCCCAAAAGUUUUUGGUAGGUCAGAAGGACUUAAACGCAGAACUUUAUGAGUUUAUGUUGGAAGUGGAAAAGAACAACACUGCAAUUAGCCAUAUUACAGAUGAUAUUUUACUUCUUUUUGAUAAGUUUUCGGCUCUCCGGUGUACAAAUAUCACAAAUAAUGCUAUAAUUGGUGUUAGAAAAGAAAUCGAUAAGCUCCUCUCGAAAUGGGGUGAAGAUACAGAAAAGGCCGAGUCAACAAGCCCUUGUUCAAAUCAAACUGAAAUCGAUUUAAAUAAAAUUGAUUUAAUUGAUUUGACUCAAGAAACAGAUUUGUGGAAUUUAACUAUAGUUGAUACGACAGAAGAAAUCGGUGUUACUGAAAAUGGAAAAGGUGAGUUCAUUAAGAUCCAGUCUACUACAAAUGAUGAGGUUGAAAGAAAUACUUCGACUGAGGGUGAGAUCAACAAAUAUAAUUUAACUAAUGAUGAUUCUACAAAUAUUGAACCUUCGGAAACCGUAAGCACUGCCCAAAAUGAAAAUAAAUGUAAAAUUGACUCCGAAGAGGAAUGUCUUCUUAAAUGUAGUGGUGAAAAUAAAAGUACAUCCAGAAAUUCGGAUUUUGAUCAUAUU